AUGGUGUUCUCCACGACGCCACUGCCCCACGCCUGCCUGUCUUUGUUUGGCAUCCUGUUACCAGUCUGCUGUCUGCUGUUCCCAGGUGCCCAGGGGCAGGCAUUGUCACUGCAGGUGGACCCCCAGGACCCAGUGGUGCCCAAAGGAGGAUGGCUUCUCAUGAACUGCAGUGCUAAGUGCCUGUAUCCCAAGAAACUUGUCCUGGAGACAGCCUUGUCCAAGGAAUCGGUGGGCCGUGGCCCGAGCUGGGUAACCUACCGGCUCCUAAAUGUGACUGGUGACAGCGAAGUCAUCUGUGCUGGGUUCUGCAAUGGCUCACAGAUAACCAUUUCUACCAACAUCACUGUGUACGGGCUCCCAGAUCGUGUGGAGUUGGAGCCUCUGCCCCUAUGGCAACCGGUGGGCAAGAACCUCACCCUGCGCUGCCAGGUGUGGGGCGGAGCGCCCCGGGAUAAACUCACGGUGGUGCUACUCCGUGGGAAGGAGGAGCUGAGCCGGCAGCCUGCAUUAGGGGAGCCCGCUGAGGCCAUGGCUACAGUGCUCGCUCGCAGGGAGGACCACGGCACCAACUUCUCAUGCCGCACAGAACUGGACCUGCGGUCCCGAGGCCUGGAACUUUUUGAGACAAACUUGACCUCUAGGCAGCUCCAGACUUUUGUUCUGCCUGUGAGCCUCCCGUUCCUCACGGCCCCCCAGAUCGUGGAGGUCGGCAAAGAGUUGACCGUGGUCUGCUCCAUGGAACGGGUGUUCCCAGCCUGGGAGGCUCAGGUCCACAUGGCGCUGGGGGACCAGAUGCUGAAUCCUGAGGUUGUGAUUCACGGGGACAUGCUCAAGGCCACAGCCAGGGCCACAGUACACGAAGAGCAAGAAGGCGAAGGCACCCAGAUUGUCUGCAACGUGACCUUUGGGGGAAAGAGCUGGGAGACUCGGGAGAACGUGACCUUCUACAGCUUCCAGGGACCCAUCCUGAACCUGAGCAAGACCUGCGUCCCCGAGGGUACCACGGUGACUGUGACUUGCAUGGCGGGGACCCAAGUUAAAAUUACUCUGGAUGGGGCUCCAGUAACAGCCCCCGGGCAGCCCGCCCAGCUUCAGCUAAAUGCCACCGAGCGAGAUGACGGGCGCAGCUUCUCCUGCAAGGCCAAGUUUGAGGUGGGCGGGGAAAUCCUGCACAAGAAUAAGAGCGUCCAACUGCGUGUCUUGUAUGGUCCUAAGAUUGACAGGGCCCAAUGCCCCCAGCACUUGAGGUGGAAAUACAACAGUUACCAGGUUCUGCAGUGCCAAGCCCGGGGCAACCCGACUCCCCAGCUGCAGUGUUUGCAAGAAGUCUCCAAUCUCACAGUGCCCAUCAGGACGCCAUUCCUUGUUACCUUAAACCAUAAUGGCAUCUACCAAUGUCAGGCUGUCAGCGAGCUGGGUACUACUACCAUCAAAGUGCUGAUGGAAGUUCAAGGUCGGAAAUCAUCCAAUGUCCCAAUCUUCAUGGCGGUGUUAGUGGUCCUGAGCCUGGUGACUGUCGCAACGGCCUUACGCUGCGUCUUCAAGGUGAAGACGCGGAAAGGCAACUACCGCUUGAAACACAGCAGCACUUCACUGCCCCUCACGUCUAGACAGCCCGAAGGGCUUUCGGGGGAAGAGCCGUCCUGA